AUAUGAGUUGCACUGCUUGCUCAAAGUUCAGUCUGCUCAGUGCAGAUUAGUAAGGGGCGGGUAAUUGUACAGAAAGGUCUGUGCGCUGGUCAUGCCAUAGCAGGCCUCUGCUUGUUUCUUCCUCCUGACAUGGGAACAGACACGGACCACUCACUCAGUUGGAAUAACACCACAGAGAUGACAACGUCCACUUAGAGCCUGGAGAUUCUCAGAUGGCUCUCACACAGGACCAGACUGUUAAAGGGGAGAGGAUCAAUAAGGAAACUGGAGAACUGAGUGCUUCAGGGGAGUUAUCUGUCUCCGUGGAGCUGAAGUUAGAGAAAGUGGAGGGCUCUUGUAGCAACCCUCAACUCCCACAAGUGCUGCAGGAGUUGGGAAUUCACACAUACACGAGCCCCAACCGCAGAAGUGACCAUGUUCCUUUGGAGCGGCGAAAGGAACAUCUGGUCAAAGUCCUGCCUCUCUACAUACAGGUCUGCGAGGAUGGGGGCAGAGUUGAAGGUUUGGACAUUAAGGGGCUUGCAGCUUUUACUGCUGACGCUGUCAUCGAUAAUAUUCACAGCAGACUGACAGAAAGGCCUGCAGAAGGGGCUCGUGAAGAGGUUGUACGGUUCUUCAAGAGGGCAGAUGACAACACAAAUUGUGAAGUUCAAGAAAGUUCAGGAUGGCUGCUGUUAAAGUCCCUCUUGCUGAUCACAGCUGACAGCUCAGAUAUAUUGUCCUGUAUAAACCCAGGACUUCCUGCUGCUUUGGUGAAAUGCCUCUACUUGUUAGUGUGCCUUCCAGCUAAAAAGGAAAACAUGGCUGCAGAAGAAGACUUUCAGGAACUCCUUACACAGGUCCUCAUUCAGCUCUGCAGGCAACCAGCCAAUGUGGAGAGACUGGUGGAGACUCAGGAACUGCAGUGCCUUAUCAUUGGCCUCACGUCGCUGUGGGAUCAGACCAGUGCCUCUUGGAGACACCAGGCCUCUCGUGUCCUUAAAGCGAUCUCUGCUGUAGCAACAAGCAACACUGUCCCAAGCUUGUUAGGCAAGAACUGUGUGCGGAUCUGCAUCCAGAACCUGCUGCAGAUCAGUACAGAUGUCUCAGGAUCACUGCUAGCUGAGGUUGCUGUGGCUGCAUUUAGCUUCAUUAGAGACACUUAUCACCUCAAUCCAGCCCUCUUCAUUGAGUUUGAUACCAACAAUGGCUACAAGGCCCUCGACAAAAUCCUGAAACGCUGUGAGGAGGGCGUGUCUGAGGAUCAGUUUCAGCCUGUGGAGGAGUUGCUUGCUCUCGUUGCAUCGUUCACUCUACUUGGAAAAACUGAGCUGAAAGUGGCUCUUUGUGUCACCAACCCCCAACCUCCUGGCUUUAAGUUUGACCCACCUCUCACCAAAGGUUUAGCAAUAAAGAACCUGCCUGCCUUCCACCUGCUGCAGGCCUCCCUGCUGCGUUCCCAGGAUUCUCUGCUCUGCUGUCAGCUUCUUCGAACCCUACAGUCAAUAUGGGAGAGGGACCCAGCCAAUUUCUUCCUCUUGGAGUGGACUGUCCAGUCGAUGGCCCAGCUGGCUGCCUGUGUGUGGCAAAAACCAGCACCUGUCCAAAAGCUGUUCUUUUCACUGCUAGAGAUGGUGGUCUUUAAGCUGAACUACAUCCCCCAUGAGACCUUGCGGGCACUGCUGGGUGUGCUGAAGCAGAGCUGGGCAGGGUCGUUGGCUGGUGGAGUGGCAGGGACAGAAUUUGGAGUGGUGGCGCUCAAAUGUUUUCACAGGAUGACUGUGCACAGUGGCAUGCUGACUGAGGUGCUAAGUGAGUGGAAUCUGCUGGAGCUGCUGCUUGGUGAACUACGCAGGAGAGCAAAGAUUCUGAGGAAAGCUGGAGUUGUGUCUUCUCCUAAAAUAGAUCCUCAGCAGCUGCCAAGUGUGGUGGACAAAGAGAAACUACUCACCACCUGCAUGCUUCAAGUUGUGUCCACCCUUACUUUACGUUCCAUUAAAAACACAGUUUCAGUGCGAGACCUCGGCAUGGUUCCCUACAUAAAGAUCUUCUUGGAUGAGGAUCAGUAUCGAGGUCCCACUCUGAGCAUUCUGGAGCAGCUAGCUGAGAUAAACCCAGAGGAAUUCAUGAGCACAGCCAUUGGAGCCCUCUGCUCCUCUACACAGCAGGAACUCCGGUUAAAGCAGGACCUUUUGCAGUCUGUGCUGAGGGUGCUGGAGAGCCCCAACAGCUGGGACGCCUUCAGGAGGGCAGGAGGCUUCACCGGUCUGCUGUCUCUGGUGAUAGAUAUGGAGGGAGCCCUGUCCGACCCUCCACGGGGAGAAGUGUGGAAAUCUGUGGGGCAUCAACCGCUGCUGGAUCUACUUCUACUCACUCUGCACAUCUUGGCUUUGGCUGUGCAUCUUCACACAGUAAAUGCUCACCAUUUUGAGACUGGUGGCUUUUACGAAAGGCUGGCAGAUGCUCUACUGCAGCUGGGCUGCUUCCACACUGAAAGCCUUGAAAAGGAAAGGUGGGAUGGAGAGAAAUGCUCCUGUCCGAAGGCUGCAGAGAGCAGCCAGCCUCCUCAGUCUCCUGGAAAGAGCUUCCACGAGUUUGUCGAGUUAGCAGAAGCUCCCAAAUCUCCCUCCAACACAGCACAACUCCAUCUGCCUGUCACUCUUCGGACGUGUAUAAGUCUGCUCUCCUACCUUGACCAGUUUGCCACAGGAACUUAUGCACCUCAGGAGUUGAAUUUGGAAUUAGAGACUGAGGACGAGCAUGAUGGAGAUAAAGAGAAACUAAAUGGACCAACAAGUGAUCAAGGAUCUCCUAAUGUCCACUCGGGAUCAGGCCCACAGUCCAUGGAGGACAAACAGGCCAGUUUCAGAAGCACAACACCCACUAGUCUCACACCUGAGUCUCAGUACAGUAAAUUCACCUACGAUCAGAUUAUUCUUCAUCCAGGAGCAGUCCGAGUUAUUAUGACUCUGCUUCCAUCAGUAUUUACUCCUGAGGACCCUGAGCUCUCUAUGGAGGUCCAAUUCUCAGUGGCACACCACGUCCAGGCCAUGGUCAAAUCUGAGCGAAACCGCCAGAUAGUGUGCGAGGGAGGGCUGGUCUCCACACUCCUCACCCACUGUCAAAGAAUGCUGCUCAUUCCAAACCACCCGUUACAUCUACCUGUUACACGGAUCUUGGAGAAGCUUUCCUCUCAGGGCAUCACACAUUCGGACUUCAGAAAGUUCUUGUGUUUAGGAGACCCUCUCAUGUGCUUGGUGGACAAAACAGCCAUGCCAGUGCAAGCCAGAACACCCUUUCCAAAUGGUGUCACUACAGAGGCAGAUGGUGGAUCUUCAGUGAAGAGACUACAGCGAACCUUCAGCUUGUUACAGUCAACGACCUCUUGCGGUUCUGCAGUUCCUGUCCACCAGAUCAUCAGUUUAGUGUCCAUGACGGCACCUCGUUCCUUUAGACCACACAGAGUUUCCUCCUCGCCAGCCUUUGUAGAGUUUGACAUGACUGAGAGUGGAUAUGGCUGUCUUUUCCUGCCCUCCCUGGCAACAGUGAAAGGCGUGACUGCAGAUUCAAUCUCAACAGGUGGAAUUGGUAGAGACUGUCGGGGUUUUCCACCUACAGCUGGUCUCUCGUUUGCCUGCUGGUUCCAGAUCAACAGAUUCAGUUCAGCCUGUGAUUCUCACCCAAUCCGCCUGCUGACGGUGGUUCGCCACAUGUCCCGGACUGAACAACAGUACAUUUGUUUGUCAAUCUCCUUCUCAGCCUACGAUGGCUGUCUGGUCAUCUCAACCGAGGAGGAAGCAUUUACAUAUCUAGAUAUGAUGGAGCCAGAAGUUUGCACUCCAACCUCUUUGACUACAUCACUGAGGUUCCGCUGCUCCAGCAUGCUGGUUCCCGGUCAGUGGCACCAUCUGGCUGUAGUCAUGGCCAAAGACGUGAAGAAGAGCUGUCUGACCUCAGCCUACUUCAACGGCAAAGCAGUGGGGACAGGAAAGAUGAAGUAUAUUCAGCCAUUUCCUGGUCAACAUAUCUCCAUGGACCCCACAGCUGUGAUCGAUGUGUAUGGACUGAUAGGGACGCCAGCUCCCUGGAAGGAACAUGCUGCUCUAGUGUGGCGAGUGGGUCCUUCUUACCUUUUUGAAGAGGCUUUGAGCCCUGAGGCUGUUAGCGCUGUAUACACACAGGGCACUGCAUACCUGGGCAACUUCCUGGCUUUACGCAACACAGGCCAUGAUCCAGAUGCUGAGUUGCUUCCCCUCAGGCUGGUUCCUGAAGAGAGGAUCUCAUUUGGCAUCAACCCAGCAAUUUCUGAAUUAACAACUGUUGUGCAGAUCCGAGAGGAUUACAACGAGGUGGAUUGUAGACUAAUUGCUAAAGAGAUGGGAAUAACAUCUCGGGAUCACUCCACCCCCGUAUUUCUUGCUCGCAACAUCAGCCAGCACCUGAGCGGUACAGCUCGCACCAUAGGAGCAGCCCUGGUUGGACAUUUUGGUGUGCGUACAUUCACCCCCAAGGUGGCGUCCAAUGGUUUUCUGUAUGUCGGUGGGCCUGCAGUUGUUCUCAGUCUAGUUGCAAUGGCGCCAGAUGAUAGCUCUUUGUAUGCGACUGUUAAAAUUCUUCUUUCUGUGCUGGAGACCAACUCCACCAUGCAGCAGGAAAUGAACCGCAUCGAUGGAUACAAGCUGCUAGCUUUCCUGCUGAAGAUGAAGAGCAGUCUGGUCAGCCACCGAACCUUUCAGCUGGUUCUGUCCCUCUCGAGUUCACUGGAGCUGAGCUGUAACUCUGGCUGCAUACAGAACAUACCGGCUUUUCGGGAUCUGCUGUCUGACCUAGAUAUUUGGCAGAACACAUCAGACAAUCUGGACCUUUCUGUUCUGAGCUACUUUGAUGAAACGCUGAAUUCCUCAAGUGACAGCAGGAAUGCGGAGGUCAUGCACUCUGUGGGGCUGCUACCAAAGCUGCUGUUUGAGUUGUCUGAUCCUGCUGUGACUGUGCAGAAGGUUAAGAUUAUUUCUUGUGUCAUCAUAUCCUUGCUAAAGACUCACUUCAGCCCUGUGGACAUCAGCAGACUUGGCCUCUUCCUGGUCUACACACUCCCUCCUUCCAGCAACAUGAACGAAAGCAGUGAAAUAUCUGACUGUGAUCUUUCUCAUGAUAUGUCAGCUCACAGUUCUGGUCCAGCUAGCCUCAUCUGGAUCCGCAACCAGAUGCUGCUCGUGCUUUGUGAAAUGCUAAAGUCAGACGGCUUUCUCAUCAAAGAUCAGCAGAGGUUGUUUGAUUCCCUGGGUAGUGACUGGUUCCUGCUCUUCCUCCAGCCCCAUCUUCACCCUUCCACCUUGAAACUGGGUCUCAUCCUGCUCACGCACUUUCUGUCGGGUCCCAGUCAGCAGAACAGCUUCAGAGAUGGGGUGCUCCCAGGAACACUCAUAGAGGGCAUGGAGGAACCCUUAUCUGUCAUGGACAACCUUCAAGCCCAUUCUUGGUCUUAUGAGUGUCUCAGCAUCACGUGUCCAGGCUUCGAUGUUCUGCAGGGGCUGCUCAUCAAACACUCUCACCUGCCUCAGGUGUAUGAAGCUCUGGCUGCUCUGCUGCUGGGGAAGAGGAGCAACUACGCAGCAGAGGGAAAGGCACAUUUGGACGAUGUCCUACAGUCACUAAUUGACAGCCAAGCAGACGCUCCUGCUCAGCACCUCUGUGCUGAAGUUGCUACAGUACUGCUGGAGUUAGUCAAAGUCAUCAUCACUCAGCCUGUUUCCACAACUCAGCACAUGUCAGGCACUGAUGCAUCAUGGGAGUUGCAGCUCCCAGCAAGUGUGAUGCAGUUCCUUUGUCUCCUUCAUAACCUUCGGCCAAGAGACCCGCUGUGGGCAUCACCCACGUUCCUGCAUGCACUCGCUGGUGUUGUGUACCCUCUGGAUGUUUCACAGGGUGACGGUGAGCAUUGCAUUAAGAGUGAAGGUGAGGACUCAUUCAGCAAUCAUCCAACCAGGAAGCCGGUGUUGGACUUCAUCCGUAUUCUGCUGAUGGACAGUCUUCUUAAUGUGCCUGCCAACACCGGCACACAUCCUCUUAUUCUGCUGCUGGAGUUUUGCCCUGAUGGUGCAUCGCUGGAGCAGAGGCAGAGUUUUCAAACUGAGUUGCUGGAGUUGAUCAUGAACAUCAUCCACAUGCUCAGCCACGAAGAGGACAACAACACUCAUCUGAUCUCACAAGAGAAUCCGAGGCCUGAAGGACAGAUGGGCAUGCUGAUGGAGAAUGUGGUGCUUUUCAGUAAGGCUUUGCUGCAAAAACUUUACAGUGGAACAUUCUUGGGAGACUCUAAAAAUUUGCUCAACUUCCUCGGGGAUCAGAUUGUGGUGGCUCUGGAGAAAGGUCAAACUCAGAAAGAGAAGAUAGUGUCUGCCCUCUACGCAUGCACCAAUAAAGUCCUGCUUUAUCUCUUGUCUCAACCGCGACAUUACCAAGAAGAAAAGGAAGCGGUCAUCAGGACUUUACAGACCUUCAUGGAGCGUUGGGACGUUGUCAUGGCAACUUAUAAUGCAAACGUGAACUUCGUUACUUGCCUUCUUCAUUGUCUGUUACUGAUACGGUCCGGAAGCUACCCUGAAGGUUUUGGAUGUGUGGCACAAAAAGCACUCAUCAGAAAAGCUUCAUCCAGCCUGUCAGGAACCAAAACCAAACAUUCAGCAUGCCUCAACAAUGGAGUGGACAUUGCCACAGAUGACACACAACUGGUGUCCUUAGCAGAGGCCUGCUGGUCUAAGGUCAUGACAGAGAGGCAGCACAUGCUCGAGGAAACCUUCAAGAUGGAGAUCUCAGCGAGCCCCACAGCGGAGACAAGGCCUGUCAACAUGUCUGACAUCAGCCCUCUGUGGGAGGAGAUGGCACAAAAAGCCUGGCUGCAACAUACAGAGUCUCAGAAGAAGGGGGCGGCCAGCAGCUCUCAGAACAAGUUUGACAUGAUCAGUGCUCUUCGCUCAGCUUUGGGCAAACAGGGUCAAGAGUCAGUGACAGUGGAGAAGUUUCUGUCCUGCAUGGAGUCACAUCGACAGAGAGGCCACACCAUGUAUGAGAACAUGAGGACAAACCACUUACAGUUACGAGCCAGUGAGUGGGAGCGUGUGAGCUCCAAGUGGCUCCGUGUGGAGGCCGAGCUGCUGAGGGAGAGAGCCGUGUUCGGCCCUGGCCCAGGGGUGCUGCUGAGUCAAGACUGGGUGCAAGAUGCAGCAGAAGGACCCAAUCGGACCAGAUCACGCAUCCGUAGAAAGGCUCUGAGGAGAUCCAAACGAGUGUUUGGAACCUUGUGUCUCGGUUUAAGACCUGGCAUGUCUGAAGAGAUCAAAAAUAGAACAGAAAGUGACGCAGAGCCCAAGAUCCUGUGUGAGGUUGGUGCAGAGGUUAAAGAGGAUGAAGAGGAUGGAGGAGAGCGCUGUGAACGACUCACUUUCUUCCCCGUUCUGAAUGAAACCCCUGCUGUGGCUGAGGGUCUCCCCAACCCCUCCACCCCUGAACCCUGCUCCCACACACAGGACUGCCCCGACAUGCGCAUCAUCCUGCAGAAGCUGCACCCUGGAGAGGAGGUAAAGGCUAAGAUGUGUGUAGUGACAGUAAGUGGCUUGAGAGUCACAGAGGGUUUGCUGCUGUUUGGGAAGGAGAGCCUCCUCUUGUGUGAGGGAUUCACGCUCAGUCCCACUGGAGAUGUUUGUUGCAGGAAGCACUACCCCAGCAGUGUGAGAGAUUCCUAUAUUUCCACCAUGCUGAGUAAAGAGCUGCCAUCAGCCAGCUGCAGAUGCUGGCUCUAUGAGGACAUCAAGAAGGCUCGCUUCAUGCGUUUCCUUUUAGAGGACAAUGCUAUUGAGAUCUUCAUGAAAAAUGGAUACUCAGCCUUCCUGGUGUUCCUGAAUAAAGACCACGUCUCUGCAUACAAAAGGUUGACCGCUGUAGUUCCAGCAUUAAAAGGCAGAGGGGUCGCUGAGGUCAUUGCUAAUGCCAAGAAGACUCCUGUGGUUGAAAAGACAGCCCUUGUUAAAUGGCAGAAAGGGGAGAUAAGUAACUUUGAGUACUUAAUGCAUCUGAACACAAUCGCUGGGCGGACGUACAAUGACUUGAUGCAGUAUCCAGUUUUCCCCUGGGUCCUGGCUGACUAUCAUUCAGAGACACUUGAUCUGUCUAAUCCUGUGAGUUUCCGUGAUUUGUCGAAGCCAAUGGGAGCUCAGACAGAAAAAAGGAAGCAGAUGUUCAUCCAACGAUAUGAAGAAGUGGACAACAAUGAGGAUGAAGACUUGUCAGCACAAUGCCAUUACUGUACCCAUUACUCCUCCGCCAUCAUUGUGGCCUCCUUCCUUGUCAGGAUGGAACCAUUUUCACACACCUUCCAGACACUGCAGGGAGGGUUUGAUAUCCCAGAGAGGAUGUUUUACAGCAUAAAGAAAGAGUGGGAGUCUGCCUCCAGAGACAACAUGGGAGACGUCAGAGAGCUGAUCCCAGAGUUCUUCUAUCUGCCGGACUUCAUGCUCAACUCCAACCACAUCCAACUCGGCUGUAUGGAGGAUGGUACCGCUCUGGGAGAUGUCGAGCUGCCUCCAUGGGCGAAAGGUGACCCCCAGGAGUUCAUUAGAAUCCAUCGAGAGGCUCUGGAAAGUGACUACGUGAGUUCCCACAUCCACCUGUGGAUUGACCUAAUUUUUGGAUACCGACAACAAGGUCCAGCUGCUGUGGAAAGCUUAAACACAUUCCACCCUUAUUUCUACGCCAAGAGAGGCCGGCAAGAUGCCAAGGACCCUGUCAUCAAGAGUACAAUCUUGGGAUAUGUCAACAACUUUGGCCAGGUUCCCAAACAGCUCUUCACUAAGCCUCAUCCUCCUCGCAGUGGCUCUAAGAAAGAAGGGUCAUCACCAACACAUCCAACUCCAUUCUUUUUCAAGCUGGAUAAACUAAAGACAUCUGCACAGCCAUUCAGAGAGCUGCCGAGAGGCCCAGUAGGUCAAAUCCUGUGUCUGGAAAAGGAGGUUGUGGUCCUGGAGAGAAACCGGCUCGUCCUUUCACCCCUGCUGGGCUGCUUCUUCAGCUGGGGAUUCCCCGACAAUAGCUGCGCCUUUGGAAACUACGCCACGGACAAGACGUUUGCAGUGUGUGAAAGUUUGUGUGACUGGGGCGAGACUCUGUGCUCCGCCUGCCCCAACCUGACAACCGUCAUCACUGCAGGAACCAGCACUGUAGUUUGUGUGUGGGACGUGGCCAUCACCAAGGACAAGCUCACUCACAUGAAGCUCAGACAGCCACUGUACGGUCAUACAGAUGCAGUGACGUGCCUGGCAGUGUCUGAAAUCCACAGUAUAAUAGUGAGUGGCUCCCGUGACCUCACCUGUAUCCUGUGGGACAUAGAAGAAUUAAGUUACAUCACCCAGUUAGCAGGACACACAACCAGCAUCUCUGCUCUGGCUAUCAAUGAUCUCACUGGUGAGAUCGUGUCAUGUGCGGGACCUCUGCUCUACCUGUGGAACAUGAAGGGCCAGCUGCUGACGUGCACUGAAGCUUCCUGCGGGCCUCAGGCAGACAUCCUGUGUGUCAGCUUCACACAGCGACACGAGUGGGAUGCCAGGAACGUCAUCGUCACAGGUUGUGGAGAUGGCGUUAUACGGAUAUGGAGGACAGAGUACACCAGAACACAAUUACCUGGCCCUCCAGAAGAGCCCGUGUCCCCGGGGCAAGACCGAGCGAAGAGCGAUGUGAGCAGCUCAUGCCAGGUUAAAGGCUGGGAGAGACAUCUGGUGUUGUGUCAAGAGCUGAACAGAAGUCAGACUGGCUCUCAACGCCGCUGCAAAAAUAAUCCGGCCAUCACGGCACUUGCUAUGUCCAGGAGUCAUGCUACUUUGUUGGCUGGCGAUGCCUGGGGCAGAGUUUUCACCUGGAUCUGCGAGUGAAAGGUGGCAAUGCUUAAGCACAAUCACGCCUCCAGCCGCCGUUUCUGUACACCAACAGAAAACUCAUCAAUAUCUCAGGUGUGACAGCAGCUGAGCAGCAAGAACUGCUUUAUUUAAGCUGUCUUUUGUGUGCAUUCAUGGAGAACAAUGUUACAGCAUUUUAUACAUUUAUGUUUAUGAUAAAAUUGAGUAUUUGCCUCCUGUAUGAAUAUUUAAUUCUGUAUUUUUCUGUGUAUACACUGCAUUUUGAUAUAAAUUUGAAUAAAAAUGACAGUUGCCAAA